AUGGCGGCCUGUCGGUUGACUCACGCGCAUGACAGCGGCAAACCGGAGAAUUCAUGUAGUGGCUUAUCUGCAUGGGUAGGUAAGGUGAAGGGUGCACGGGGUGCCAAAACCCCAAAGUACCGCUACAUCCGCCGCACAAUUGCAAAGAGCCGCCGAAGCUGGGGAUGCUGGGCCGUUGUCGCGGGGCUCGACAGUCUUGUCUUCAAGGUCACGACCAUCAUUCAGCAGCGCCCGGUCUCAGGGCCAGGAAUGAACGAACCCCCACUCUGUUCUUCUUUCUCACUGCAGCACUGGUGCGAGUGA